CGACAGCGUGGUAAAAACACCCAUUGCCUUAGGAUCUCAACCUCAGAAACCCUGAUUAGACAAGAGGUUCUACUUCUAAAAGAGUUUCAUCAGCAAGAGACGAGCGAACUUGCUCCACAAAAUCGCUACCGCAGCUCCCAUAUAUUAUAAAUAUCCUUUUUCUUAAUAAUUUAUUUAUCUGGAUACAGCUUCCCUUGUAAAGAGUUAUUUGAGGGAGCCACAUUCGUCUAUGAAUUGCUGCCAGUUUAUGGGUGUAUUCUGAUUGGUUCUUGACGGUUGGUGGGGUGAGAGAAAAGUUUGAUUUGAUUUCAGAAGACUAAUCAGUGAAUACAGAGACAGAUUUGUAGAAACUAGAAAGGACUCUCUCUUUUGCUACGGGCUCUUGAUUGCGUUUUUCUCUGCAUCGGGUUUUGUAUAGUUAAAAGAGGCAUAUGAAUGGCUUGGAGAGCAGCUCGGAAAAGGUUUAUUCAUGGUGAUAUGGUUAGAGUUUGGACUUCACCAUCUCUAGGGAAAGAAGUGGGGUUAACUUCUAAAAAUAAUCUUGAGUUUGCAGUGAAAUCUGUUUCUACUUCAGCCAGAGGCAUACCUGAGUUUUCUUUCAGCUCAUUUUUCAGGGGCCAUCACAUUUUCUCUACGAAAGAAUCCUUUAUACGGUGUUUUCAUGCCACUCCAGAACUGUUGGCUAGAAGACGAAAUAAUGAUCAGCCAGUUGGUUUAAAGAUCCAAACUAAAGGAAAGUUUAAGAAAAAGGAUAGAAAGCCACCUAUUGAAGCUCCAUAUGUGGCUCCUAAACUGAAAAGAAAUACCAAGUCUUUGCAAGAUAAAACAGUGGACAUAUUUGAAGGCAUGACCAUUGUUGAGCUUGCAAAGCGCACUGGUGAGUCCAUUGCUACUCUGCAAGAUAUUCUUGUUAAUGUUGGGGAAAAGGCUGGUUCAGAAUUUGAUCCCCUCAGCAUUGAUGUUGCAGAGCUGGUUGGAAUGGAAGUUGGGAUCAAAGUCAGGAGGCAACACUCCAACAAAGGUGCAGAAAUUCUUCCACGUCCUCCUGUUGUGACUGUCAUGGGACAUGUUGACCAUGGUAAAACUUCACUUUUAGAUGCUUUGCGUCAAACAUCAGUAGCAGCCAAGGAAGCUGGGGGGAUAACUCAGCAUCUGGGUGCUUUUGUUGUGGGCAUGCCAUCAGGGUCAUCAAUCACAUUCCUUGAUACUCCUGGUCAUGCUGCUUUUAGUGCGAUGCGAGCAAGAGGUGCAGCAGUGACAGAUAUAGUUGUGCUUGUUGUUGCUGCUGAUGAUGGGGUGAUGCCUCAAACUCUUGAAGCCAUGUCCCAUGCUAAAGCAGCUAAUGUACCAAUUGUAGUUGCAAUUAAUAAAUGUGACAAACCUGCAGCCAAUCCUGAGAGAGUUAAAAUCCAGCUUGCAUCGGAGGGCUUGCAGCUGGAGGAGAUGGGUGGGGAUGUUCAAGUUGUUGAAGUGUCAGCUGUUAAAAAUACUGGAUUGGAUGAUUUGGAGGAGGCUUUACUUCUUCAGGCGGAGAUUAUGGACCUAAAAGCGCGUGUUGAUGGCCCUGCUCAAGCUUAUGUAGUAGAGGCUAGACUUGACAAAGGACGUGGUCCAUUGGUUACUGCAAUAGUGAAAGCAGGGACUUUGGUUUGUGGACAGCAUGUGGUUGUGGGUUCUGAGUGGGGCAGAAUAAGAGCUAUUAGGGACAUGGUAGGGAAGUUAACUGAUAGGGCUAAACCAGCAAUGCCGAUUGAGAUUGAGGGGCUUAAGGGGCUUCCUAUGGCUGGUGAUGAUAUUGUUGUUGUGGAAUCUGAAGAGCGAGCUAGGAUGCUUAGUGCAGGGAGGAAAAGGAAAUUUGAGAAAGAUAGACUUAUGCAGAUGAUUGAUGAAAGAACGGAAACCACAGAAGCAUCAGAUGACAUGCCUGUGCCUGAGAGGAUUGAAAUGCCAAUAAUUGUAAAAGCAGAUGUGCAGGGAACUGUCCAGGCUGUAACAGAUGCACUAAAGACUUUAAAUAGUCCCCAGGUUUUUGUGAAUGUAGUCCAUGUUGGUGUUGGGCCUAUUUCUCAGUCUGAUGUGGACUUGGCACAAGCCUGUGGUGCUUGUAUAGUUGGAUUCAAUGUGAAGACUCCACCUAGCUCUGUUAGUUUGGCUGCAACUCAAGCCAGGAUAAAGAUAAUGCAACACCGUGUGAUCUAUCACCUUUUGGAGGAAGCUGGCAAAUUAAUAGUGGAAAAGGCCCCUGGAACUUUUGAGACCCAGGUAGCUGGGGAGGCUGAAGUGCUGAAUAUCUUUGAGCUCAAGGGGAGGAGCAAGUCUGUAGGAGCUGAUGUGACGAUUGCUGGCUGCAGGGUGAUAGAUGGCCAUGUUACCAAAUCAGCAAUCAUGAGGCUUCUAAGGAGUGGGGAAGUUGUGUUUGAAGGAUCUUGCAAGUCUCUCAAGCGAGAGAAGCAGGAUGUGGAAAAAGUAGGGAAAGGAAAUGAAUGUGGACUUGUGCUCUGUGAUUGUGAUGAUUUCCAGAUUGGGGAUGUCAUCCAAUGCUUGGAGCAAGUAGUUAGGAAACCAAAGUUCAUUUCAUCUGAGAGUGGUGCUGUUCGAAUUGAGUGCUGAUAAUGCUUUUUGUGAGUAUAAAUUCAUAAAAAAAAUUUUGAUCAUAUAAUGCUGCAUUUUACUGCCCUGCAUUUUGUCCACAAAAGCUGGGGCAGUUGCAUUAGGCUUAUGUAUCUGCGAUUCUUUACAAAGCGGCACUCUUAAGGGACUUGAUGAAGAUUGAUGUAGAUUUUUGUUGUACCUUCCUGUUGAACCAAAACUGCAGAGGAAAACUUCAGCCUUUCUACAGUAUAUGAUUAAUGCUUGGUUUUGAACA